GCCGGGGGCGCCCGGGCGCGGGCGCCCCUGACGGGCACAGACCGCUUCGCUCCGGACGCUGGAGGGGGGCUCCUCCCUGGGCUCCUGGCGCCCGUCCCGGGCCCGACACGCGCUUCCUCUUCCGCGCUCCGGGGCGUCGGGACGGGAAGGUGUCCGCGACUCCCCGCGAGUCCCGGGUCCGAGUGGGCCCUGGUGGCGGCGGCCGUCUGCCCCAGCUGCGCCCAGGGCGUGCAGGUCGGACUCGCGCGCGGAGCGGCAGCGGGACCUCCAGUGGGAAGAUGAAGAAGCCCGACGGGAAGAUCGUGCUUUUAGGGGACAUGAACGUGGGCAAGACGUCGCUGCUGCAGAGGUACAUGGAGCGGCGCUUCCCGGACACGGUCAGCACGGUGGGCGGCGCCUUCUAUCUGAAGCAGUGGCGCUCCUUCAACAUCUCCAUCUGGGACACCGCAGGGCGGGAGCAGUUCCACGGCCUGGGCUCCAUGUACUGCCGAGGGGCCGCCGCCGUCAUCCUCGUCUACGACGUGAACCACCUGCAGAGCCUGCUGGAGCUGGAGGACAGGUUCCUGGGCCUGACAGACACGGCCAGCACAGACUGCCUCUUUGCCAUUGUGGGGAACAAGGUGGACCUCAGCGUGGGGGCCCCCGCAGAGAAUGGGGUGCACAGGCCCGGGCCAGCUGGAGUGCCCAAGCAGGUGCAGCCUGAGGACGCGGCGGCGCUCUAUAGAAAGAUCCUGAAGUACAAGAUGCUGGAUGAGAAGGCUGUGCCGGCCGCUGAGCAGAUGUGCUUUGAGACCAGUGCCAAGACCGGGCACAAUGUGGACCUGCUGUUUGAGACCUUGUUCGACAUGGUGGUGCCCGUGAUCUUGCAGCACAGGGUCCAAGGGCCACCGCAGACCGUGGACAUUGCCAGUUAUAAGCCGCCCAGACGGACCAAAGCUGGGUGCUGUGCCUGAGUCAUGGAGGCCCUGCCCUGCAAGGGGUGUGCAAGUGAGCGGUGGUCACCAGGAGCCAGUCACAGAGCUACUUCACAGCAUGUGUGCGAGUGGAGAUCUCUGUGGGAAGGCUGGCCGGUUAUUAAGAGAGGGCAGCGGGAGCAGUCACCUCUGUCCACCUUGCGGUGCUGGGAGGCCCGAGUGAAGGGAUCACGUGCAAAGACUGCCAGGCUGAGCCAGGGCCCCGCGCUGCUGUCCCCUGUGGCUCCCUCCCACAGCCUUGCUCUGGCUGGGGCCCCAGCCUGGGCAGGUGUCCCCCUCAGUUGCACUGUCCUCAGAUGUCUCUCUUCACUGUGAUUUCUCUGGUCCUACCAUUUGGUACUUGUAUCUUGAUGCAUCAUAAUGUCCCUUGACAUGUUAAUUUCUACAAAAUCAGGAAUCACUGCUUUUAUAUUGUUGCAGCAUUGCGAGCUACACAUACUAUUAAAAAGGAUUUUGAGGAGA